UUUACCUGUCAUUUAUGAAUUCCAUCAAAUUUUGACAUGUUUCUACUAACAUUUUACAUAUAUUUUUUGAAAUAAAUCUCCAUUUAUUCGCGGUAAAAGAAUUAUUUUUACACUUGAAAUAUGGAAAAACAAAGCAGGGACAGCAAUUCUCGCGAUAUAUCUCGCCUAGAUAAGAGCCUUUUACCUUCCGCGAGUGAAGCACCCAUAAGAAGCCCCGUUCAGUUACCUGUAUCACAUGAAAUUGCUCCAAAGGGCAGCAGGGAACACGUGGCAAGACCACAAUCAGCUAAGGCUUCCCACUCCAGAAGACCUUCUACUCCUACCACUCCUCAUAAGGAAGAAAAUCCAUCAAAAUCAAGAUCUAAAAGAAAAUGGGACAAGGACUUUUCUGAAGCAGAUUAUCAACACAAAACAAAAAAGAGUAAAAAUGAACGAGCAAAAUCAGUGGGAAAAUGUUUGCAUGUUUCACAAGAAUCACAUAAGCAAAAGAGUUCUGAAAUUUCUUGUAAGAAAGACGGAAAUAGACGGUCAAACAAAGAGCUGAAAAUUAAAUUUUCAAAAUCAAAGAAAAACCUGGAUACUAAAAAAAAGGAUCUUGAUGCAGGCAUCUUCAAAAAAGAAUACAACAAAAAACUGGAUUCUCUUAACAAAUUUGGAAAAAACUUCUAUUGUACUCAAACGAAACCUCGUCAAGGUUUGAGGCCUAUUUAUAUUGAUGGCAGUAACAUUGCUUUCAACCAUGGCCAAAACGAAAGGUUUUCGGUAAAAGGCCUGCAAAUGUGCAUCGAUUACUUCCGGAGCAGAGGACACCCAGUAAAAGCUUUUGUGCCCCAUUUUAGACUGCGAAAAGGAGAAAGCACAGAUCCAGAAUUGCUGCAAAAAAUGGUUCAGCAGAAUUUGGUAGUAACUACUCCGACCCUAUAUAUUCAAAAUCAGAGGAGAAGUCCCUACGAUGAUUGGUAUAUCGUGCAAUCAGCUGCUGCGAAUGGGGGAAUAAUAGUGUCGUCAGACGGCUUUCAAGACAUACUAAAAAUGAAUCCAAAUCUACGUACAGUCGUGGAGGAGUGUCGGUUAGUCCCCACAUUUGUAGAUGACAUGCUUAUUUUUCCCGUAGAUCCUCACGGGAAUCGACAGAACACUCUGGAUCAAUUUUUAAAAUUUUAGACGUGCGGAUUUCAGUCCAUUAGAAAUUUAUUCAUCCGUGUGUUGUACUGUCACUAUAAUAACUACUUAGACGUGAUAUUGUUCGCGGGUCUUAAAACUAUUAUCUGUGAUACUCUACAUUUUUUUAUUAAUUAUCUUGUAUAUUUAUUUAUAUAUAAAUACUUUUGAUGUAGAAAAA